CAGAGACCUGGUACCAGGGCAGCGAGAGGGCAUCUCACGGAACCAGCAGAGUAGACCCCACCCCGAUCAAGGAGCUCAGGAGGAGCCACAGACACUUAGGCCACACCUGCCACAGACCCCAAGCAUCGCACCAGCCAAGCAGGGCAUCAGAAGGAUGUCCAACGCCCAGAUGCAGGUGGCCCCCACGCCAACCAUCCCGAUGUCCACGGCAGAGGACCUGCCCCUCCCUCCACCACCAGUCCUGGACGGUCUGCCGCUGCCACCACCCAAGGAGUCCUUCUCCAAGUUCCACCAGCAGCGGCAAGCGAACGAGCUCCGCCGCCUCUACAGGCACAUCCACCCUGAGCUCCGCAAGAACCUGGCCGAGGCUGUGGCUGAAGACCUGGCUGAGGUCCUGGGUUCUGAGGAGCCCACCGAGGGCGACGUCCAGUGCAUGCGCUGGAUCUUCGAGAACUGGCGGCUGGAUGCCAUCGGGGACCAUGAGAAGCCAGCUGCCAAGGAGCCCGUGCCCAGCGGUGACGUCCAGGCCACUUCCCGCAAGUUUGAGGAAGGCUCUUUUGACAACAGCACAGACCAGGAGCCAGCCAGACCUCGGCCAUCUGGAGGGGAUGUCCGUGCAGCCCGCCGGCUGUUUGAGACAAAGCCACUGGAUGCGCUGACGGGUGAGGGUGAGGGUGAGGCCGAGGCCCCGGAGGCCACGGUGAGGGAGCCUGCAGCCAGCGGAGAUGUGCAGGGUACCAGGCUGCUCUUUGAAACUCGGCCGCUGGACCGCCUGGGCUCCCGCCCCUCCCUCCAGGAGCAGAGUCCCUUGGAGCUGCGCUCAGAGAUCCAGGAGCUGAAGGGUGAUGUGAAGAAGACAGUGAAGCUGUUCCAAACGGAGCCACUGUGUGCCAUCCAGGAUGCAGAAGGCACCAUCCAUGAGGUCAAGGCCGCAUACCGGGAGGAGAUCCAGAGCAACGCGGUGAGGUCAGCUCGUUGGCUCUUUGAGACCCAACCUCUGGAUGCCAUCAACCGGGACCCCAGUCAGGUGCGGGUGAUCCGGGGGAUCUCCCUGGAGGAGGGGACCCGGCCUGAUGUCAGUGCAACUCGCUGGAUCUUUGAGACACAGCCCCUGGAUGCCAUCCGGGAGAUCCUGGUGGACGAGAAGGACUUCCAGCCAUCCCCAGACCUUAUCCCUCCCGGUCCAGACGUUCAGCAGCAGCGGCAUCUGUUUGAGACACGAGCGCUAGACACUCUAAAAGGGGAAGAGGAGGCUGGGGCAGAGGCCCCGCCCAAAGAGGAAGUGGUCCCUGGGGACGUCCAAUCCACCCUGUGGCUAUUUGAGAUGAAGCCCCUGGACACUCCCAGAGACAAGAUCCAAGUGGGUCACCUGCAGCGGGUGGGUGCCCGGGAGGGUGAUGGUUCCUCAGCACUGUCCCUCUCUCCAAGUGUCCCCCAGAAGGACGGGGUGAAGGGGGAUGUGAAGACCUUCAAGAACCUUUUUGAGACCCUUCCCCUGGACAGCAUUGGCCAGGGUGAGUCUUCCACCCCCAGGAGUGUGAGCAAAGUAGAAGGAACGGAUUCUGCUGGGCAGUCUCAGGACAUAGGGUCCCCAGUGUAUGCCAUGCAGGAUGGCAAAGGCCAUCUCCACGCCCUGACCUCUGUCAGCAGAGAGCAAGUAGUCGGAGGUGACGUGCAGGGCUACAGGUGGAUGUUUGAGACACUGCCCCUAGACCAGCUGGGCCGAAAUCCCAGUACUGUUGACGUGGUUCGGGGCAUCACCCGGCAAGAAGUGGUGGCUGGAGACGUGGGCACCGCCCGGUGGCUCUUUGAGACCCAGCCCCUGGAAGUAAUCCACCAGCGGGAGCGGCAGGAACGACAGGAAGAAGAAGGAAAGUGUCAAGCAGACCUCCAGCCAGAGGCACCCGCCAAGGGUGACGUGCAGACCAUCCGGUGGUUGUUCGAGACAUGCCCCAUGAGUGAGUUGGCCGAGAAGCAGGGGUCAGAGGUCACGGACCCCACAAUGAAGGCUGAGGCACGGUCCUGCACUUGGAUGUUUGUGCCCCAGUCCCUGGACAGGCCAGCAGGCUCCAGGGAGCAACACCUGCAGGUUAGCCAGGUCCAGACUGGAGAAGGACAGACAGACAGACACGUCUUUGAGACUGAGCCUCUGCAGGCGUCUGGCCGUCCCUGUGGGAGAGGGCCCGUGCGAUACUGCAGCCGAGUGGAGAUCCCUUCGGGGCAGGUAUCUCGUCAGAAGGAGCUUUUCCAGGCUCUGGAGGCAGGCAAGAGGGAAGACCAGGGAUCAAAGUCAAUCCCUGAGCUCAUCCCUGUGGGCUCUGUGAACAAGUUCACCUGGCUCUUUGAGAAUUGCCCCAUGGGCUCCCUGGCAGCUGAGAGCAUCCAAGGAGGUGACCUGCAGGAAGAGCAGUCCGUGGGCCGGUCCAGCAGGGUGCUUGAGAGGCAAGAGACGGCAGCUGAGGCGACCUUGCGCUCUCUGCAUGCCACGCCCGGCAUCCUGCACCAUGGAGGCAUCCUCAUGGAGGCCCGAGGGCCAGGGGAGCUCUGCCUUGCCAAGUACGUGCUCCCAGGCCCAGGGCAGGGGGCCCCCCACAUACGGAAGGAGGAGCUGGUGUUUGGCGAGCUUCCCAGGAUUGUCCGCCAAGUGCUGCAACGGCCGGGCGUGGACCAGGAGGGGCUGCUGGUUCAGGAGGACCCAGCGGGCCAGCUCCGGUUCAAGCCACUGAGGCUUCCAGCUCCAGGUAGCAGUAGGAACGUCGAAGAUCUGGACCUAGAGUUCCAGCAGUUGCUAGCUUGUGGCUUGGGCACCUCAGUGGCGAGGACUGGGCUGGUGAUGCAGGAGACAGAGCAGGGCCUAAUCUCACUGACCGCCUACUCCCUGCAGCCCUGGCUACCCAGCAGGGCCCCCGAGAGGGGCAGUGUGCAGCUGCUGGCCAGCUGCAUAGACAAAGGAGACCUGAGUGGCCUGCACAGCCUGCGGUGGGAGCCACCGGCUGACCCAAGUCCCAUGCCAGCCAGAGAGGAGGCCCAGAGGCCGCCCCAAACUGAGAACAUCAUUCAUGUUCCCCCACUGGACCCCAGCAUGGGGAUGGGGCAUCUGAGAGGCCCAGGAGCCACUCCCUGCCCGCCAUGGACCACCGAAAAGGCAGUCCCUCCGGUUGGCAAAGAAAAGCAAGAAGACAGUGGCACUGGGCAAAAAGGGAUGGAAGCUUUGGGACAGUCAGAAGGAGCCACGACCACACCCCCAGGGCCCGGGGCGACCGGCCUCCAGGCCACCAUGCAGAGUCUUCGGACGGCCACAGCGGAGGCCCAGAGCCUGCACCAGCAGGUUCUGAACAAGCACAAGCAGGGCCUUGCCCACAGAGCUACCUCCAUACCCUUCCAGGACGGUCUUCUGCAAGCCCCAGCCACGGCUGCUGGGACCACUCAAAGCAACACCAGGCCUCUGGCUGGAGGGGACCCCAGGAUCCCAGCAGCCCCCAGAAAGGUCAGUGGGGAAGAAGUACUCCCCGGAGGGCUGCCUGGGGGGUGGGUGACCAUUCAGGACGGCAUCUACACUGCUCAUCCUGUGAGGACCUUUGACCGACCUGGAGGUGUUCAGCCCUCUGAGACGGAACACCCACCACAGGGCAGGGAGACGGCCCUGUUGGCCCAGGCUUCCAGCCCAUUCCAUGGAUGCCCAGGUCCGAGUCUUGGGCCAGGGCGGGAGGAGCCCAGGGGCUGUGCACAGAGGGCCCCGGGGCCUCCAGAGAAAGCCAUGCCAGGAGUCGGCCCAGGGGGCCUCCACGCUGCAGAGACCACCCUGAAGGCUGCCUCUUUGGCCCCUCACACUCUGGCCUCCGGGUCUCAGGCUGCAGGAGCCAGCCAGCACCCCCAUAAUGCCUCUGUUCCUCCUCCUCCUCUCCCAGCUGCUGUGACAGGACCUGACUUCCCAGCCCGAGCCCACCAUGAUGAGGACUCCACCCGGCGGGCCUCCGCGCCACUGCAAGACCCCCUUCUCCACUCCCACAGCAGCCCUGCUGGCCAAAACACCUCUGGGGAGUCAAAGACAAAGGCCCCGAAACUGGACCCUACCAUGCCCCCAAGGAAGAAGCCCCAGCUGCCCCCCAAACCUGCAUACCUAAGCCAGAUCCCCCCUCCUCGGAGGCUGCCCAAGCCCUCAGCUCUCUCUCUCAGCUCCUCCCAAGGAGAAUACAAGCAAGGCGAGACAGAUAAAGCCAUGCCUCGGCCGGCCAAGGUCUCCACCUCUACAGGCCAGGAGCAUGUGCCUCUGGCUGGAUGUUCCAGUGGUCAGAGCCAGCCCAGCCCCCAACAAGGUCCCAACACCAUGGCCCCGAGGCCAACCAAGAGUCAGGCUGUGGGUAACAAUGCCCAGAGCCCUGAUCCCCUCAAGCUCUCAGCUGUCAGCAGUGACCCUACCUCACUGCAGCAGGACCCCAGCACCCCAGAGGUGAAGCCGAUGGAAGGCUCCCAGCAAGGGGCACCUGAGAGCCCUGAGAUUCUGCAGGGAAGCCAGCAAGAGCUGCAGGGCCUCCUGAGCCAGGUGCAAACUCUGGAGAAGGAGGCCGCAAGCAGCGUGGACGUGCGGGCACUGAGGAGGCUCUUUGAGGCUGUGCCCCGGCUGGAAGGGGCCCUUCGGGCUACUGCUGCCCCCCGUAAGCCCGAGGCCUCAGUGGAGCAGGCCUUUGGGGAGCUGACCAGGGUCAGCACAGAGGUUGCUCGGCUAAAGGAACAGACCCUGGCCAGGCUGCUGGACAUUGAGGAAGCUGUGCAAAAGGCCCUCAGCUCCAUGUCUAGCCUCCAGCCCGAGGCUAACACCAGGGGCCAUUCCAAAGGACCCUCAAAUGACCACAGUGCCUGCAAGGUCAGUGUCAUAGACAGCAGCAGAGCCAGACCCAACUGCUCAGGCCAGGAGGUCAGGGGUCAAACUGCAGUCAAGAGCCAAUCCGAGGUUACGUGCGAUACUGACAUCCAGAGUCAAGCCAAGGUCAGAAAUCACACAGAGGCCGGAGGUCAAGCAGUCUCAACCGCCCCUUCCACCAGCAGGCUGGAGACAUUGAGAGAAGAUUCAGGCCUCCCUUCUGUCUUGCCUUCUAGCAGAGAUUCGCCCUCCUCUCCAACCUUCAUCUCCAUUAAAUCAGCCGCAAGGAAGCUUCCGGAGGCUCCCAGCCCCAGGGGCGGCCCAGAUGUCUCAGUGAAAAGCACAAACCUGGCCCAGGAUGUGAGCCAGGCCCUGCCCUACCAGAAAGGUGUUCAGGACAAGGUCGAGAAAAAGGAGAUCACCCAGUGCUCGGCACAGCCCAAGCCUGCCCCUGCCUCAGCCAAGCCCGUGUCCAGCGGGCGGCAAAAGAGUGUCCUAGAGCUACAGACUGGGCCUGGUGGCUCCCAGCACUAUGGGGCCAUGAGAACUGUGACUGAGCAGUAUGAGGAGCUGGACCAGUAUGGAAACUCAGUCCUCACAUCCUCCACCACGGUCACUGAGCAGGCAGGGCUGCCAGGGGGCCCAGGUGCCCACUUUGGGCUCCAAGCCUCCCCCUUGUUAAGACAGUUCCUGCGCAGCUCCUGCGAGCUCAGCGGGGGUCUGGCGGAAGCAGGGAGGGUGCCAGUGCCCUGCAGCCACUCCCAGCCUGCAGCCCAGUGAGCCCCUCCGCCUCCCACCAGUCCCUGGGGCACCUCCCUCCAAGGAACUGAGGUGGGUACCUACCGCCUGCACGCAUGAGGCCAGGACCAAGAAGAAAGGGCAUCUUCGGAGACUUACAGUUGGUUUCCCUUUCAUGGGCUCCAUCAAUAGGCCCAGUUCUUGCAAAGAGAGAAAGAAAAACUGGGAAAGGCCCACAGAGAGGCCUGGGGAACAAGAGUCAGAUGGUGGCUCUCAGCUGUUUGUAGAGGGUGGAAUAAAUUCAGGCACCUGUGCUCCUCACACAGGACUGGCCCGCACACUGACAUGCAUGAGUCUGCAUGCCACUGCUUGAGACGGAGCCCCCCAAGUGACCCGCCACCCUCAGUCUUCACUGCUUUUAUGAUGAAUCGAAAUGUCCUCAGCCAUCUGCUCUUUAAUCCCUGGAGAGGACAGGGCCAACUAAACACUGGAUUGGCCUCUCUGUUUGGGCUCAGGCUGAGGGCUGCAGCGCCUUUGUCACCAUUUCCAUGGAUCAGAGGCUCAUCCUGGCAGCCCGAAGCUCACACAGACAAGGUCGGCAAUCAGUAAUAUCCCUAGAGGCCAAAGGGACUGCCUCCCUGCCCCCACUGCCCCCCCCCCCACUUUGCAUCCAAAGGGGAAGAAAAAAUUCAGAAUAAACCUCAGUUUCAUUCUCUCCCCUGUGUGUGUCUGACUGUGCUCCUGGGUCCACUCUGUGAGAGAAAAGAGCCACAACCUCCAGGUACCCCGUUUUCCAGGCAACAGCAGCGUUGGGGGGCUGGGAACAGCCACCCCUUCUUCUGCCAUCUUGGCUGACACCCAGGAAGGUCUGCCCAUGCCCCUGUUCUCCUUUCUCUUCUCACCCCACCCCC